AGAUCGCGGAGCGCGCUGCGCGGGCUGAAGGGUGGGAGGGAGGGCGGGCGAGGGGAGAGGACUGAGCACCCGGAACCGGACAGGCCGGGCUGAGGGACAGCGGCGAAAGGCAGAGCGCCGCGAUCUCCGUUGGGAAGCGCAAACUCCCCGGGCCCCGCGGGGCCGCGCAGGGGGCGUUCUCAGUCCCGCGCCCGCUCCUUUUCAUCUUCUGCCGCCCGCAGACUAUCCGGGGCUCGGUUAUCCGCGCGCGCGCGCCCCCGGGCUCGGGCCCGUCUCCGGCCCUCGAGGGAGCCGCCGCCUUCACCGACACGUUUGCAGCGGUCGCGCCUGAGGCCGCCCGGGUAGGACCCGGGCGUGAGCAUCGAGUGCCCCCUAAGGAGUGCACGACCCUCAGAGCCGCCCUCAACACGGACCGCGCCCGCCGGGCACACAAGAAUGGUCACUCAGAUACUCGGGGCCAUGGAGUCUCAGGUGGCAGGGGGCCCGGCCGGCCCGGCCCUGCCCAAUGGGCCACUCCUUGGUACAAAUGGAGCCACUGAUGACAGCAAAACCAACCUCAUCGUCAACUACCUGCCCCAGAACAUGACCCAGGAUGAGUUCAAGAGUCUCUUUGGCAGCAUUGGUGACAUUGAGUCCUGCAAGUUGGUUCGGGACAAGAUCACAGGGCAGAGCCUCGGCUACGGGUUUGUGAACUACUCUGACCCCAACGACGCAGACAAAGCCAUCAACACCCUCAACGGCCUCAAACUGCAGACAAAGACCAUCAAGGUGUCCUAUGCCAGACCCAGCUCUGCGUCCAUCCGGGAUGCCAACCUGUACGUCAGUGGGCUCCCCAAGACCAUGAGCCAGAAGGAAAUGGAGCAGCUCUUCUCCCAAUACGGUCGAAUCAUCACUUCCCGAAUCCUGGUGGACCAGGUCACAGGUGUGUCUCGGGGUGUGGGGUUUAUCCGCUUUGACAAGAGGAUUGAGGCCGAGGAGGCCAUCAAAGGACUGAAUGGGCAGAAGCCACUGGGUGCCGCCGAGCCCAUCACGGUCAAGUUUGCCAACAACCCGAGUCAGAAGACAGGACAGGCCCUGCUUACUCACCUUUACCAGUCAUCGGCCCGGCGCUAUGCAGGCCCCCUGCACCAUCAGACACAACGCUUCCGGCUGGACAAUUUACUCAACAUGGCCUACGGAGUGAAGAGUCCCCUGUCGCUCAUCGCCAGGUUCUCGCCCAUCGCCAUCGACGGCAUGAGCGGCCUGGCGGGCGUGGGCCUGUCGGGGGGUGCGACGGGUGCUGGCUGGUGCAUCUUCGUGUACAACCUGUCGCCGGAGGCAGACGAGAGUGUGCUGUGGCAGCUGUUCGGGCCAUUUGGGGCAGUCACCAACGUCAAGGUCAUCCGCGACUUCACCACCAACAAGUGUAAGGGCUUCGGCUUUGUCACCAUGACCAACUACGACGAGGCGGCCAUGGCCAUCGCCAGCCUCAACGGCUACCGCCUGGGCGAGCGUGUGCUGCAGGUGUCCUUCAAGACCAGCAAACAGCACAAGGCCUGAGCCACUGCCGCCCUCCCCACCCUCCCCGGGCAGCAGAGAGAGAGAGAGAGAGAGAGAGAGAAAGAGAGAGAGAGAGAGAGAAGGGGCCCGAGAGAGACAGCACAGGCAGACCACGAACGGCACGAGGCCCUGCACCCCUGCGGAAGCCACAGGGUGAGCACUCAGGCUGGGAGGGUCUGCAGGCAAUGGGGGGUGCCUGGGGGUCCCCCACCCCGUCCUCCUGCCCCUACCCCAGGCUGGGCUGUUCACUCUCUCGUCUUGGUUUUGUUCAUGGCGACGGUUUUUGUUUCUUUUUUCGGCUAAAAAGAAAGCAGAGAUGUGCCCCUAUCCAACCCUCAACCACCCUCCGUGGGAUGGCUUUGGGGGGGUGCUGGUGGUUUCCUCCAGGCCUCCCCAGCACUGAGGUGAGCCUAAGUGAGGGAGGAAACAGGUUUAAAAAUCCCCAACAAAGCAAAACGUGAGAGGGGUAUGGGCAUCCCUGGCCCAGGGCCCCUCGGUGGAGUGUGAGGAGCAGGGUGAGGGGCUGGAAACAGAAACAAAAUGAAAAAAAAGGGGGGGUGGGAGGGGAAGAAAAACUCUAUUUUUGUAAAAAGGGAAAAAGACCUCGUGGAGAAUUUUUACUGGGGAUUCUUGAACUUGAAAAAAAAAAAAACAAAAAAAGACAAAAAAAAGAAAUAUUUUGACAGGCUAUGUUUACCAACUGGGGCAAAGACAGAGAGCAGGGCUUGGGGGCUGGCGGGCCAUGGGGCCACUGAGAGACACUCCCCAAAGGAGCACACAGCAGUGCUGAUAGACCCAGAGACAUGACCUAGACACAUUUAGGGAUCAGCCAAACUCAGACAUGUAGCAGACAAACACAUGGAUAAAAUGUAGAAUGCUGGUGUGGGGCCAUGUAAACAUGGCGACUGAACAUGGACGUGGAUGAAGGCAGCCCAGGCAGCCGUGGACCCUGGCACAUUAGACAUGCAGAUAUUUCCAGGCACACACAUGGAUACAUGAAAGUGGAGACAGACACUUGGAGACACAAAUCUAGACACUCGUUGGCAGAGAAACAGACACAACACACAGAUGCCCGUAGCAUCCCUCAGGCCCAGGCAAGAGGUCCCAGUCUGGUUCCUCCAGCCAGGCCAGCCCGGCCCCCGCCCAGUCCUCAGCCCCACUCGACCCUGCCCUGGGUUCUCUGCAGAGCUCUCUUCUGGCUCAUCCGUGGUCCAUGCCACCCACGAACACAGGCGUGAACACAGCGUCCAUGCAUCCAGACACACGAUACCUCGUUCACUUUUGGCAUCAUGGUGGGCUGGAAGCAGCAACCCCCAACACUUGAGGCCAAAGGACCCCCUGUCCCUAGGGCUGAGCCUACCCUGGGCCCAGGCCCUGGCCCAUGAGGCUGAGGGGGAGGCCGGGCCCUGAGCCUCCCCCAACCCAGGGCCUCCUCAUCAGGCCCAGGGUGGAUGGGCCCAGGGGCUCAGCCCCGUAUUUCCUUCCCAUCCACUCGUCACCCUCUUUCAGUUUGUUGGGUUUUUCCGUCUUUCCAGAUGAGUGUGGGCAGUGGACGCAGCCCCCAUUCCGAGCCCCAGCCCUGGCUUCUGUCUGGAUUUUCCAGCCCCCUAGUUUUCAUUCCUUGUUACCGAAAAACUCCAACAGAAGCCAAAGGUCAGAGCCCUUGCAGCCCCCCACCCCCACAGUGGGCCCAGUUAAGAACUGAAAAUUUCAAACCCCGAUUUUAAAUUCAGUUGACCUUCCUCCGGUGUCCCUGCUUUGGUGUCUGGCCAUGGCCCCAUCUGACUGCCCAGCUCUCUCUCCCCCACCCCUCCCCGGUGUUUGUUAUUAAACGUCUGUGGAGCUUCUGCUGCAAGGAACAAAAGGAAAAAAAAAUCAAAAAAGCAACAAAAAAACAAACAGAAGAGGAGAAAAACGACAAAAAAAAAAAGGAAGAUAAAAAACAGAAGAGAUUAAAAAAAAAAACAGGAAAAAAAAAACCAGACAUAAACUGGCACCAGUUAACUUUCUUGUACUUUUUUGCUGAAUUUAGCUUCUUGUAGUUUUAACUUAUUGCUAUGUUAACUAUUUAUUCUUGUUGCCCUGUAAGGACAUUUGUGUAUAUUUCUGUUCCUUCAUCCAGUUUGCAAGUUUAAAGGGACCACGGUGUUCUCUUUGUUUCUUUAAGUUUUGCUGAGACGUGGUUAUGCCUAAUUUAUUUAUAAAAGGGGAAGUGGAAUCAUUAAAGUAAUAAUUAUUAAUAACAGUAACGGUAGCCGAGUGGCACCAGGGGGGCAUGUGUGCUCUUCGGAGCAGUCCUCCACGUGGCCAGCGACGCCCGGUCUCAAUGGGAUUAUUUUUGCUCGUCUUGAGAAUUUUUUCAGUCCUAUUUAGCUGGUGAAAACCCUAGCUUGUUCUUGAUACACGAACCUAUUUAUUCUUGUGGUUUUUAAGUCCUCCCGAUCUCCCCACUCCCCUCCAGCAGGGCAGGACCCCCAGUGGGUCCCUCCCUCUCCCUCUGUUUCUUGGGGCUUUCUCCCCUCUGCCCUCCUUGCACGCGGGGACACAUGGGCAGCGUGCCGGGGGCAUCUGUGAGCAAUAAGGGCUGGGUUUGUCCCCCACCCUGGGGGGGCUGGGUUCUGGAGAGGGCACCUCCCCAAGCCCCUCCACUGAGGCCUAGGCCCCUGCUACCCCCAAGACUGGGAGGGCACUUUUUCUAAGAAAAACACAGAACUCAGCCCAGCCAGCCAGGCCCCCUACCAGGAGGCCAGCCCAGGGGAGGGGACCUGGGGUCUUCCGUGUCCCUAGGGGGCAGGGGCAGGGCCCAUGGGGAGGAGGCUCAGCCUCUCAAGCCCUCCUUCAUCAUUCUGUUACUUAUUCGGAAGGUUUCACAUCAUGACAGAGUCCAUAUGUUGGAGAUGAUAAAGAACUGCAAAAAAAGAAAGAAAAGGAAAAAAAAAAG